AUGGCUGCGCAGUCGAAAUCAGCCUCCAUCUCACCUUGGGGCAAGGCAGUUGCUGGCGCCUCCGGUGCUGUGCUCGCCAAUGCUUUAGUCUACCCGCUUGACAUCGUCAAGACGCGCCUACAGGUCCAAGUGAAAUCGCAAUCCGGCGCAGUAGCGACUGAUCCCUCCGAACCUAUCGAACCCCAUUAUUCGUCCACCUGGGAUGCCCUGAGCAAAAUUGUUGCUGACGAUGGCGUCAAGGGCCUUUACGCCGGCAUGAGUGGUUCUCUCCUUGGCGUCGCCUCUACCAAUUUUGCAUACUUUUACUGGUAUUCCAUUGUGCGCGCCCUCUACUUGCGUUCUGCCAAAACUUCGGCACCACCUUCGACACUCGUCGAGUUGAGUCUGGGCGCGAUCGCUGGCGCUGUAGCCCAGCUCUGUACAAUUCCUGUCGCCGUCAUCACGACAAGGCAGCAAACCCAACGCAAGACCGAGAGGAAAGGUUUUGUCGACACUGCACGGGAAGUUAUCGAUGGAGAGGAUGGGCUGUUCGGGCUCUGGAGGGGUCUUAAGGCUAGCUUGGUGCUCGUGGUGAAUCCUGCAAUCACUUACGGAGCUUACGAGAGGCUGAAAGAAGUCAUCUUUCCUGGCAAGAAUAACCUCAAGCCUUGGGAGGCAUUCCUUCUUGGUGCUGCCUCCAAGUCACUCGCAACGAUUGCCACACAGCCUCUCAUUGUCGCAAAGGUAGGUUUGCAGUCUAGGCCGCCACCCGAAAGGAAGGGCAAGCCUUUCGGCAGCUUCAUCGAGGUAAUGAACUUCAUCAUGGAGCGAGAGGGUGUGUCUGGUCUCUUCAAGGGUAUGGGGCCACAGAUUCUCAAGGGCCUUCUUGUCCAGGGCAUCCUCAUGAUGACAAAGGAGCGCAUGGAGUUGUUGUUUGUCCUCUUCUUCCGCUACCUCAGAACGCUGAGGUCGAAGCGGCUGCAGGCUUUUACACGGAGUCCCGAAGUUAUUCGCAGCGCAUCUGCCAUCAAGCCUCUUUGA